UACAUAUGUUUACCGACUAUAUUUAUUGCUAUGGGCAAUGUGAACUAUGUAUUUGUUGCUGGCGAUGCUGAUUACCGAUGCCGCGUGCCAGAGUGUGAGUCAGUUGAUAACUCGUUUACACCAUCGUGGUGGCCUUAUAUGAAUGAAUCAAUGCACUCGAUGUCACAUCGCUGUCACAAACCGGUCUUGGAUGAAAAAUUCGUCGAAGGAGAUUAUUGUAACAACACGAGCUUCACCUCGAAAUUUGUUGAGUGCGAAGAAUGGAUCUAUGGAAGCAACGAUUCUGUUGUCGCAUGGGUAAUUAAUUUUAAAAUGGCACUUUUACCACACCAAAAAGAGUGUGCGAUAAAUAAUAUUUAAACUUGUAAUAAAAAUGAUAUACCUAAAUAUUUUCUCAAACUAUAAUAAUAACGAUACCUUUAAGAUAACCUAAAGUUUGUGAAUAUAUUUUUUCAAAUAAUCUAAUGUCAAAAACACAACAAAAUAUUACUUUUUUU